AUGGUUGAUUCUUAUUGCGAUUUAGUAACCAAUCUAUGGUCCAAAAGAGAAGAUGAUUCUUUAUGUUACGAGCAAGCUAGGGACCAAAGGAUCAAAGACAACAUGGAGAGAAUGCACAAGCUUGGCUUGUUCGACUUAUCUCUCAAACUCAAACGCCCUGAACAAAAGCCUCUCCCCAAGAAAAAGAAGACCAUCCAACCCAACCAUUCGCCCCAGAGACGCUCCUCCAGAUGUCGCCUUUUCCCUUUCUAUUUGCAACUGGAAACACAUUUCCAUUUUGGAGUGGGAGACUGUGAGAGUGCUUGGGAAUUGUAUGUGGAUGGAUAUGAUGAGGAUGGGAACCGUAUAUAUGAUCCAAUCAAAGGAGAGACAUGCCAUCAAUGCAGUACUAUUCAUUGCACAUUAUUCACUAUGUAG